AUGAUUGUUUCUGCAAUCGAUCGCUUUACCGAAAAAUUUGUAUCGCACGUAACGUUUUCAAGUACAAUGACUUUUGGAUACAAUAUGGCCAAUAUGACUGGACGCCGCAGACGAGAUUUAUCGUACUCGAGGCCCGGUUCGUUGACAUUACCAGAAGGAAAGACGCAAAGCCUAAGUGGUGAAACAGAGGUUGGACGCAGUUUCAGCAGUUGCGACCCAGCUGAUCUUUCAGGUACGAUUCAAGAUCCUGAUGAACCGCCUCCAAUUCACCCGCAAGUUUUUGCUGGUGGUCUUGGUGGAGGAGGUGGUCCUGGGUUACCGGGAACGGGAGAUGGCGAGAUUGAUCUAUCUGGCAUUGGGAGACCGGCCCAGGGUACAGGACAGCCGAGUCCCAAACCUGCGGAGGCUGAUAAGGAUUUGGAUUUCAAGAUCCCUCCUCCUGUAAAACCGAAAAGACAAGCAGUGGAUAUUUCACAGUUCAAAAAUCCAGAUGGCUCUUAUGAUAUGGCUAGAAUACAAGUUGUGGUAUCGACUCGGGUUCAGACUGGGGUUCAAGAAUCAAGGGCGGAGCGUCGGGCAAAAAGAGCUCGGGGCCCCACGGUUCCUGUACCGGCGAUGAAACCCCUCAAUACUACACAAGCAACGACACCUUUGGGUAGGGCAGAGGAAGUCUACCCUUCGCAGGUUGGUAGAUCGGGAGGGCGAGGUGGACAACAACGAAAACCGAGGGGAAACCUUAAACUCUCCCCUAUUGCUGAAAGAAGUUCGAUGGGUAGUAAGGGCACGGAAAAUUUCGAGAGUCAAAAGAAGACUGUGUUACCUGGUGGUGAGGAGUCGGAUAAUGGAGAACAACCUACUGUGGAAGAAGAAAAAUCAGCUGCUCUGGAGCCUAUAGCGGAUGAUUCGGGCAGUUUAUACGGCGCAUCUCCUCCAAGACGCCCUGUCAAAAAUCCUCUACCGCAUGAUCCAAAUACUUCUCCAGGCCAAAGUGAAAAGUAUCGCAGAUGGGCUGCCGAACCUGCAGAUUCACCUACUGUCGAUGAAAAGUUCAAGGAAUGGGUAGACCGUGGUAGAAGCUCCGAAAGCAAAACAGCAGCUCAAGAACUCAAAGGUUGGGCUCAAAAUUAUCUGUAUGAUGCACGUGAAAAACAUCUGGCAUGGCUUUUUGAACAGAGAAGUGCAGCGAGUCGCCAGCUCAAACUUGAAACCGAAAAGAGCAGGAUACUCAAAUUGCGAAACGUCAUCAUCAAUUGCACACUUGGUAUCAAGGAAACUAUCAGGUUGGAAGACAAACGGCAAAAUCGGAAUGCGUUAAGAAAGAAUGUGGAGUUGGAAACAAAUCUCCUUGUGAAAAACAGAUUCCAGGAACUACUUCAAGAAUUGGAUCGCGAAGUCGAACUUGAGGAAAAGGUCGAACAAGUAAAACUCCAAAAACAUAUGCGUCAUGAUUCCAUUUGGAGAAAAGUUUUUGAUAUGACGCCUGCCGAGCGAGCGGCGCUAAAUAUACCGGUUGGACAUCAUUUCGCAGCACCUGCACAACAUCCGACACCUAUGGUACUUCGAGAGUCUUUUGCUGAACAGCUUCUGAGAGAUGAAUGGGCAAAAGAAGAUGCGCCAGAAGAAUUGGAAGAUCUUUUUGAUCACAUUGGUGGAUUUUCCGAUUCGGAAGAGAGAGAUACAUAUUGGGAAGCUUUCCAGGAUAUUCGUCGACCCAUAUUACUCCAGAGAAACAAAGAAUUGACGAAUCUGUGGAAAGAACAAGCGGAUGAGCUGAAGGCAGAUAGGCAAGAUGCUUGGCUGAAAUCGGAAGCUGAAGCUGAGGAAAAGCUCUUGAAAUUACGUCAACUUGAUAAGCGGAAUAAGGAAGAGGAAGAGGCAAAGAAGCGUCAAUUUGUGGACGCUCUAGCGGCAACGGUAGCAAAGAAAAAGGCUGAAGACGCCGAAUUGGAUAAGACAAUCGAGGAUGUUGAGGGAGUACGUGAUGCGCCAAACGUACCACCGGUGGCGGGGCAAAGAAAACGGAUGGAUUUUUCUGGACUCGUAGCGGGUCUUAAAACUAAGGGAGUCGUUCUACCUGAAUCAUCUACACAAGGCGAAAAGGAUUCAGGGAGAAAAGGUCUACUCAGUGUCCGCACAGCACCUAAAGUAGCUAGAGAUAGUAAAACAGCUGAGACGGCUGUGACCGUUGAUGUAUCUUUGGCUACGAAGGAUUCUGCGGAGACAGACUCUCAAACAAAUUCAACCGAAGAAGAAGAGAAUAUAUCACUUCCUGAGCCACGUCCUGGUUCACCAUUUAGAGCCGACAACUCUCUUUCAUCGAUUCAAGAACAACGAUCAAGUCUUAGUUUUGAAACGGAUCGUGAGGUUUCAGAUUUCUUGGAAUAUAUGGCGAUGGUACGACGUAACGAAGAGGUAGUCAGGACAGGUGAAGGUGAACUCAUUGAUUCGGAGUUGAUGUGGGAGAAAGAAAAGAGAGUUAUGAAUCUUGUUCCGAUUGAUCCAGCCGAAGAGGUGGAAAAGCAAGAGCGCAUUCAAGCCGCGGAGAAAAGAUUGAAAAAAAUUAUUGCUCGAGCAACGAUGCCCAAAGAGGAGCUGAAGGCUCUCGAGGAGAAGGAACGCCAGCAGAGGGAAAGGGCCAAAGAGAAGAGGGAUCUUGAAGAAGUGACUGCCUGGGAAGAAGCUGAAAGACUCAGGAAACAAGGAUUGAACGAUGAGAAAACGGCAAGAGGCGAAGCUGAAGCUGAAGAGAAGAAAAAGGAGGAGGAGAGGAAAAGAAACGAAAUCGACAAAGAAAACAGAGCCGAGAAGGAGAGGAAAGAGAGAGAGGCAAGGGAGAUGGCAGUCAGAGAUCAGAUCAACAGGGUGAGAGAAGAAAAAGCAAAAGCCGAUCAAAUUGCUAGGGACAAGAUUGUUAAAGAUUUGAAAGAUAAGGAAGACAAGAAAAAACCAGAUGUACCAAUAGAUUUUGCUGGAGAUAUCCUGACCAAGAUAAAAAACGGUCCCCUGGCAAAAGCUGGAGGGGCCGGCCUUUCCAAGCCAGCAGAUGAGGUGGAUUCGAAGCAGGACAAGAAGGAUCUAGAUGAUUACAUGAAAGAUAUUAUGCGCAAGAUUGAAGAGAAACUUGCGCGGAAAGAUAAUGCCGGCAAGGGCAAGGACAAGCCUGAAGAAAACACGGCCAAGGACAAGGAUAAACCUGCGGAGAAACCACCUGCUGAGACUGACUCUGCCAAAAAAGCACGCAUAGAAAAGGAAUUUGCAGAGCAAAAAGAUCUCGAGGCUGCCAGAAUACGAGACAAAGAAGCACUUGCGAAGAGGAAAAAGGAGGCAGAGGCGGCAAAAAAUAAACCGGGAGUAGAUUAUGCGGCCAGAGAUAAAGCCGAGCGCCUAGCACGCGAAGAACGAGAACGUGAAACUAGAGAACGUGAUCGUUUGGCUCAGGAGAGGGCAGAUGAGUUGAAAAAUAGGCCGGCGCCGACUGCGGAGCAAAAAGCAGAAGCUGAGGCAAAACGUGCAAAAUUGCAGAAGGUUGCUCAAGAGAAAGAAGAGGAGGAAAAGAAAAGGGACAAAAUUGCAGAAGAUGCGAGAAAGAGAAGAGACAAAAUUAUACAAGAUGAGAAUGAUGAACUCGAGCGGAAAGAGCGUGAAAGGGUGGAGAAAGAGGCACAGAAGGCACUUCGAAGGAAAAAACUUUCGGAUGAACGGAGGGCUAAGGAUCCUAAAGAUAAGGAGGAAAUUGAGCGUCUUAGGGUUCAGGAGGAGAGGAGAAAACUAGCGGCAGAUCUGCGUGAGAAGAAGCGGAAAGAAGGCGAAGAAAAUGAACGUCUUGAGAAAGCGGAGGCCGAUCGAUUGGCAGAUGAAGAAAUUGAACGUUUGCAGAAGGAGCUUGAACGUAAUGAACUUUUGCAGAAAGAAAAUGAGGAAAAGAAACGUCUGGAGCAAGAGAAAAGAGAUGAGGAUGAUCGAUUGUUGGAUGAAGAAGUGAAUCGUCAGUGGGACAAGCUUCAAAUUGAAAAAGCUGCACAGCAAAAGGAGAAAGAUCGGAUAGAAAGAGACGAACGUGAUCUGGAAGAACGCGAAAGAAAUGAACGUUUGAAAAAAUUAGAGGAAGAUCGAUUGGCACGCGAUCGAAUUGCGAUGAAACAAAAGGAAAAAGAAGAGGUUGAGAAAUCAGUAAGAGUAGGAAAUCUCCAGUCAGAAGUUCAGAAUCCUGAUCUCAGAAAGGAGAGAAAGGAACGUGAGAAGAAAGAGAAGGACAAAAAGGAGAAAGAAGCAGCAGCUGCCGCAGCUACACUUGCGAAUAGAGCUCAAGGAGGUGGACUUUUCCAAAACAUCACCGGCAGAAUCAAUUUUCCCGAUCUCUCCUGGUUGAAUUUCAGAGGUCCUGCGCAUUUGCAAGAGAGAGCUGGGAACGUAGCUUCCGAUGCUCCGUCUCCAUCUGUUCGUACUCCUAUCCCCGCUGACUACGAAUUGGCUCCUGUGGAUAUAGCUUGGAUGCAUUCUUAUGCUGCGGAGUCUGCUGCUCGCAGGAAAAUCAGUAUCAAUCUUACGAUUUUUAGUUCGGCGAAGCAGCAUUUGUCGGGGGCGACGCCACCGCAUUAUUUGGCGUGUCAUGAUAUUCCGGUAUUGUGGAAUGUGUCGCAGUUAAAACGACAUCUCUCCACGAUCGUGCAAAAGGCAAAGGUGGGGGAGAAGAAAGCUGUGAGGUUGAGGAUUGAGAGGAGGUGGUUGAAGAAUGGGAGUAAGACGUUGGUGGAAGAGGGAUUUAGGGAUUGGGAAAGUGUGGUGGUGGUUAUGGUGGAGGCGGGUGAGAAUGUGAGGGAGGGGGAUUGGAAAGAGUGUGUUAGGGAGGCGGAUGGAAUGGCGGGGUGGAUAGAGGGCUGGCCUGGGAAGGGAGCGCUGAGGAUGCCGGCGGAUAGGAAGGCUUGGCUUUCGGAGGCGUUUGAGGGGGUUUUUGAGGCUCCAGUGAUGGGGAAGUAG